AUGGAGAAACAGGAAGUGAACGAAGAGUCGGGAGACGAGCUGUUCUUCAGCUUACUGCCCGAUGAGCUCUACGAGGACGAUGCAGACAGCAGUACAGACUACAACUCCCAGAAUUCCUCAGCAGGAACAGUUAGUUUGCCCAUGACGGAGCUGGACACCUCCCCCGUUCGUCCCACGACCCCCGUGAUGCCAGAAAUCCUCCCACAGAUACAGAACGUGACCUCUACAGUGAAGCUGGGCUGCUGUCUGGACCUGAACGUAAUUGCUUGCAAAGCGUGGAAUGUAGAGUACAACCCAAAGACUUACAAGGCGCUCAUCAUGAGGAUCCGUGAGCCGAGAACCACAGCACUGAUCUACAAAUCUGGGAAUAUUGUCUGUACAGGAGCCAAAAGUGUGGAGGGGUCACAGCUGGCGGCCAGAAAGUACGCCCGCAUAGUGCAGAAGUUGGGCUUCCCUGCCCGCUUUCUGAACUUCAAGAUCCAUAACCUGGUUGCCAGUUGCAACAGCUUCCCAGUCAGUUUAGAGCGACUUGCCCACCAUCACGACUGCAGUUAUGAACCCGAGCUGUUUCCUGGCCUCCACUACAAGGGGGUGCCUGGUAUCACUGUGUCCAUCUUUUCAUCUGGGAAAAUGUCUUUGAGUGGAGCUAAAACAGAAGCUGACAUCUACAAAGUAUUAGAAACCUUCUUUCCAAUUGUGAGCUGCUUCAGGAGGAAGUGAAGAGAGACCGAGCUGU